GGGAAAGCAGCAGCACCAGAGCCAAGAUGGCGGCCAGCAGGAGGCUGAUGAAGGAGCUUGAAGAAAUCCGCAAAUGUGGAAUGAAAAACUUCCAUAACAUCCAGGUUGAUGAAGCUAAUUUAUUGACUUGGCAAGGGCUUAUUGUUCCUGACAACCCUCCAUAUGAUAAGGGGGCCUUCAGAAUCGAAAUCAACUUUCCAGCAGAGUACACAUUCAAGCCACCGAAGAUCACAUUUAAAACAAAGAUCUAUCACCCAAACAUCGAUGAAAAGGGGCAGGUCUGUCUGCCAGUAAUUAGUGCUGAAAACUGGAAGCCAGCAACCAAAACCGACCAAGUAAUCCAGUCCCUCAUAGCACUGGUGAACGACCCUCAGCCUGAGCACCCCCUAGAGUAUUCUUCAGCUAGGGCUGACCUAGCUGAAGAAUACUCUAAGGACCGUAAAUAAUUCUGUAAGAAUGCUGAAGAGUUUACAAAGAAAUAUGGGGAAAAGCGACCUGUGGACUAAAAUCUGCCACGAUUGAUUCCAGCAAGUGUGAGCAGAGACCCCGAGCAGUGCAUUCAGACACCCCGCAAAGCAGGACUCUGUGGAAAAUUGACACGUGCCACCGCCUGGCGUUCGCUUGUGGCAGUUACUAACUUUCUACAGUUUUCUUAAUCAAAAGUGGUCUAGGUAACCUGUAAAGAAAGGAUUAAAAAUCAAAAGAUUGGU